CACAAUAACAUCUACCUCGACACCUUGAGACUCUUCCAAACACCCUGCUCAAAAUGCGUGUCCCAUUUGUACUCUCGCUUUUGCUGGUCGGUACCAUGGCGGCAACGCCUGCGUCCCCUUCUGAGCCAUCCUCUAUCACCAUGAUACCUCGUUCACCCCUUGAUUCCCAACCCGAUAGCGGGCAUGGUCUCCACGCACGUCGUGGUGGCGACGAAUUGCAGAUCGAGCAGUCGACGGAGAAGAAACAAAACACCAGAAGGGCCCGCCGAGGUGCUGGAACCCAGCACAUCCGUCGCGAGGUGCUUGAGUAG